UUCUUCACUACGAAAAAGAAGAAGACCAAUUCUCAAUCGUCCUCAUUCCUCCCCUGUUUGAAAAAAAAGACUAAAGCUUUAACUACAAGAGCAGACAUGGGAGCUGCUCAUUUUCAGACUUUGACGCUUUGAGCUUGGUAAACACCAAAGACAAGAUUUUGUUUUUUUGCAAUAUUUUUUCUUUUCCACAUUUUGCCAAACACCUCCCUUUGCCUUCUUCACCCAAAAACAACCCCAACUCUUCUUUUUUAAAAUAAAACAAAUUCAUUUCCUCUUCUGUCUAUCUCUCUUUUUUGGAUCUCUCUCUGUGUUUACUUCUUAUUAUAUUCACUACAGUUCAAAAGAUGUUGUUUGAGCCUCAUGUUUCUCAACAAGGACAAAUUAAUCGUCAUGCUUGAAUCUUUUUGUUAAGUUUGGGACUUUUGUGCUGGAAGCCCAAGUUUUUGUUUCUUGUUUUUGGGACAAACUAUGGCGCCUGAAUUGACCACUAAACUUCGAUUGGUUAGAUGUCCUAAAUGCCGGCGGCUUCUUCCAGAGUUGCCAGAAUUUCAGGUCUACAAAUGUGGUGGAUGCGGUGCCACUCUCCAAGCAAAAGGUCAAAUAAAUGGAACGAGAAGCAGGAGCUCUAGCUUGAAUAAGACUAUGGCAGCUCAGAAGAUUGAACUGGAUCACGUUUCUGGAGAUGGAGAAUCCAACAGUUCAACUCGCAAUGCAACUCUUUCUGACUCGGGAGAAUGCUCUUCAGACCACAACAAUGAGAGGGAUCAGAGUAAGUUUUUAGAGCGCAACGAAUCUAGCAGCGACAGUGAUAAGCUUACUUUUCCCAACUCGGGAGAAUGCGUUUCUGACCGAAACAAUGAGAAGAAUGAAGAUAAGUAUUCUGAGGAUAAGGAAUCUAGCAACUCAAGUCAUAAUGUAACUCUUCCAGACUCAGAAGAAUGUUCUUCAGAGCAAAACAAUGAGAGUGAUAAGAGAAAAUCUUCAGAAGGCGAUGAAUCUAGCAGCGAAAGUUCUCCCAAGGCUACCUUUCUUGACUUGGGAGAAUACUUUCCGGACCAAAACAAGGAGAAGAGUACAGAUACAUCUUCCGAAGGCAAAGAAUCUAGCAGCUCAAGUCAUAAUGCAAGUAUUUCGGACUCAGGAGAAUGCUCUUCAGACCAAAGCAAUGACAGGGAUCAGAGUAUAUCUUCAGAAAGCAAUAAAUCUAGCAGCUCGAGUCCUAAGGCUAAUUUUCCCGACUCAGAAGAAUGCUUUUUGGACCAAAACAAUGAGAAGAGUGAAUAUAAGUCUUCCGAAAACAAAGAACCUAGCUCAAGUCAUAAUGCGUGUCUUUCAGACUCAGGAGAAUGCUCUUCAGACCAAAACAAUGAGAGGAAUCAGAGCAAAUCUUCAGAAGGCAAUGAAUCUGGCAGCUCAAGUCCUAAGGCUAAUUUUCCUGACUCAGGGGAAUCUUUUUCAGACCAAAAAAAUGAGAGAGAUCAGAGGAAGUCUUCAGAGGGCAAUGUAUUUGGCAGAUUAAGUCCAAAGGCUACUUUCCCUGACUCGGGAGAAUGCUUCUCAGAGCAAAACAAUGAGAAGAGUGAAGAUAAGUCUUCGGAAGACAAAGAAUUUGGCAGCUCAAGUCAUAAUGCUGUUCUUCCAGACACAGGAGAAUGGACCUCAAAUCCAACCAAUGGGAGGUAUCCUGAUACGUCUUCUGAAAACCGUGAUCAUAAGCAGCUCGGAGAUGCAAACUUACCAAACGAAGAACACAACAAUCAGAGUGAUCUAAAUGAUUCUCGUGAUUUUGAUAAUGAGCAACAUCAACUUGAAGUUUCCAAUGAAAUCUGUUCAUCAACUGAGCAUGCUCAUAAUGAAGUUACAGUAUCAAUGAAUGAUGAGAGUCUAGCUUUAUCAGAAAAAAAUGUGGAAAUAAGCAUCAACAAAUAUAUUGACUCUGCUGUCAGGAGCUCAACUACUGUCAAUCCAGAGGCUACAAGGGGAAGUAGUUCAAUAGUUACUGUGCAUAUGCCUGCAAGGGAAAGCGUAUCAUCAGAUUCCCUUAGAUCUUCUCCUAAUAAACAACUGGAGGAACCUCAGAAUCGUGUUCCGAAUGGCUUUGAUCAUGUAAGGUCUCCUGAUACAUUUGAAAAUGCAGAGUUCAACCCCAGCUCUGAGUUUAGUGGUGCACCUAGAGAUAUGUCAAAGUCCCCAGCACAUAGAAGCCUUCAUGCUUAUGAUGGCAGUGUUUCUUCUUAUGAUGGCGUGGAUGACCAAUUCUUAAACCGAAAUAUACAUUCAAACUUUUUCCGUUCUGAAGAAAGACCCAGAAGGGAUAAAUUCCUGGCGAAAAACAUGAUGAAUAGAGAUUCAGGAUUUCAACCUCAAGCAAGGGAUUCCUGGUCAAGUUUUUCGGAUAAGAACAAUCGUGCCAUGAAAAACAGAAAGUGGGAUGAUGAUGAAUUACUGCAGCCUAGAAGACAAGGCCAUCCAAGUCGAGAGUGGAACAGAUUACAGACUGAUGAAUAUAUGUCUAGGGUGCCUUUCCCUAGAAGACUUUCCCAAGGUGGAUAUGCAAAAGGAGGCCCCAUAACUCAAUUUCAUGAUGAGUACCAACGCAACUCAGGCUAUCAAUCAUCUGAGCAGUCCGUGGGAGCUGAACAGGACAAGAUGACACUGUUGAGAAUGGUCUAUGAACUGCAGGAUCAAGUUAACAAUUUGAAUGGGAAGGCAAGUGGAAGGGUUGCCGGAGGAGCCACUUGGAAGGAAAAUCGUAUUCCGCGUAUUCCGCGGCACAGCAGUUAUGAGGCAUCUCAGGAGGAACUCUUUCAUGACCAAAACUAUCAAAGGUAUCUAAGAAGACACAGGGCAGGAAGCCACUAUCCGCCCCAGCACCGCAAAUUUAUGCAUGUACCUUACUCCAGUGAGGCAACAACUAGCAGACACCAAGUUGAUCCCUCCUAUUUGCAUCGUGGUCCCCAAGACUGGCAGUGCUCAGCACCAUUGCCUCUUCCUGUUCGCUGCAACAACAAUGGGUUAUGCAGGGUCCACCCUGACCACAGUUGCUGGACAUCCUAUGAUAAGUCUAGUGCCUCAAGUCCCAAACGGUAUGUGGAACCUGACUUGCCCCUUUGGGGCCAUGAAACAAGGUCUAAUGAUCUGAGGCACACAAGGCAUGAUGUGAAUAAGUUUUUUAGGGAGAAACAUCAUUUGGCUAAGCGACAUUUCCGCCCCAUAGCAGGUGGAGCCCCUAUCAUAACUUGUUAUAACUGCCUAAAACCGCUGCAGAUACCUGCAGAUUUUCUCCUUUUCAAAAGGAGAUGCCAUAAACUUAGAUGUGGUGCUUGUUCAGAGGUGCUUAAGUUUUCCCUCCUAAAGAGAUCUCAUAUUGUCCCAUAUGAACAGAAUGCUAUAGCCCCUCCACCAAGCGAGGUUGGAGACUAUAAUUCUGCUGCUAAUGGGAGUAACUUGGCUUCAGCACCCCAACCAUUUGAUUCUCAAGAUGCGGAUCCUGUGUCAUGUUCUGAUGAUUAUGGUUAUGGGCUCUCUUACAGGGCAAGUUACUCUACUGAUGGUGAUCCUGGAACUUUGGCACCCUCUAACUCUCUCCGAGGUAAUUCAGAUGACAGAAACAUGUCACAUACUUCAUUGGAUCCAAAGCGGGAGACAAAGGAGCUUGGUUUGAAAGAGUCUCAGAACAAAGGUAAGUAUCCAAUGGAAACAUUUGUGUCAGCAAGACCGUCCUUAUCCUCAGAAAUUGAGGAGGUGCCACCAAAGUCAACUUCACCACUUCAUCGACUCAUGGGUUACUCUUCACCAAGCCAAGUAAUGAGAGGCUCUCGAUCAUCUCUCACAGGGACAAGCUCAUACUCAAAGCAGAGAUAACAGAUAUUUCUCAGAAUAUGCACCUGUCAAGCAGUGAAUGAUAAUGUUGAAACUCCUGAGGGAUUUGCUCAAAUGCAAGACCUUACUUGGUAGCCUUACUAGACCCGAAGCAUCGAGAAGUAGGAGAAAGCGAAUAGAGCCCCAGUCAAAACAUAGAUUUCUGGGAAAUUAUUCAAUGACAGACAUUAGCUUGUUUUGCCAUAUCUACAUGUUAGGGACUUAUAAUUUUUUUUCGAAAGGAGUUUUCCUUUCUUUCCAGUUUUUCUGUGUAUUCUGUCCUAGGACUUGUAUGAUUUCCCCUGAGUGAGUAUAUGUUAGAUGUAGAAAUCAAGUUUUCUAUUGUUUUGUAUGUAUAGAAGUUUACCAGAGGUUCCUAUUUGAUUUGAUUGUGUAUGUAUAGCUCAUU